CACACGAUGUGCUUGGUGGCCAACGAAUGCCUCUCCGGGCCUCUACUCCGACAAUGAAACUUCGCGGCCAUGACCGCAGAGAUCCUCCACCUCGGCCAAUUGCUCCGCGGAUGCCGCACCCAGCGGUCGCUCCCUCGAGGGAGACAGCUCCACCAGGUACUCCUCAAGUGCGGUUACGCCGCUUCCCUCUACGCCUCCAACUGCCUUCUCCAGAUGUACGCUCGUUGCAGCGCCGACCUGGACGACGCCCGAAGGGUUUUCGACGAAAUUCCCCACAGGAACUGCUUCUCUUGGAACUCCCUCAUCGACGCCUAUCUGAAGUCCGAUGAACCGUGCCGUGCGCGUCAGUUGUUCGAUUCCAUGCCCCGGAAGAAUACCUUUUCAUGGAACGCCAUGAUCACUGGCCUCGUACGGUCUGGUGACCUGAAGAACGCCCGGCAAUUGUUCGAGGAGAUGCCCGUGGUUGACGCUGUUGCCUGCAAUGCCAUACUUCACGGGUAUAUCCGUCGUGGGGAGGUUCAGGAAGCUUUCCGUUUGCUUAAAAAGGUUGGUUCAGAGUACGAUGGAUCGUCGUCGCCAUAUAGUGAUAAAUUUGUAUUGACGACCCUUUUAAGUGCUUGUGCAGAGUGUUUGGCUUAUGAUUGUGGCAAGCAGAUUCAUGCCCGCAUUGUCAUCUGCCAGGUUGACUUGGAUUCCAUUCUGGGUAGCGCCCUUGUUGACAUGUAUGCAAAGUGUCAGGCUUUUGAUAGUGCUCAUCAAGUUUUGGAGUUGAUGUCGGAGCCAGAUGAAUUUUCUUUGUCGGCCUUGAUAUCAGGCUAUGGGGGUUGUGGAAGAUUGGAUGAGGCAAGAAAGAUAUUCAAUCAGAAGGAGAAGCCAAGUGUUGUUUUGUGGAACUCCAUUAUUAAUGCAUAUGCAUCUAGUAAUCAGGGAGACGGAACAUUAGAACUCUUCAAAAUGAUGACUGGAGAGGGAAUCAUGCCAAAUUCGUCGACUUUUUCAAGUGUUCUUAGUGCAUGUGCUAGUAUUGGCAUUCGGGAGCAUGGAGUACAGAUGCAUGCUUGUGGUUGUAAGCAUGGAAUUCUGGAGGACUUGGUUGUUGCAAGUGCUCUCAUAGACUCCUAUUCCAAGUGUGGAAUUUGGGAGGAUGCUUGUAAAGUGUUCAGAGAGCUUAGACUGUAUGAUACAAUACUGCUUAAUACUAUGAUCAAUGUUUACUCGAACCGCGGUCAAAUCGAGGAAGCAAGGAAGAUAUUUGAGAUGAUUCCAAGCAAGAAUAUGAUAUCAUGGAAUUCAAUGAUCGUAGGUUACAGCCGGAAUGGUCAUGCAGUGCAGGCACUAGAGCUAUUCAUUGACAUGCAUCAUCUUGAUCUUAGUAUUGAUAAGGUGGCUUUGGCCAGUGCUAUAAGUUCUUGUGCUAGCGUUUGUGCCCUUACCACCGGGGAAGAGUUAUUUGCCCUUGCUACACGUAUCGGCCUAGUCACUGACCUUGUUGUCACUUCUUCACUUGUUGAUCUCUACUGCAAAUGUGGCAAAGUCAUUGAUGGAAGGAGGUUGUUCGAUGGGAUGCCCAAUUUUGAUGUGGCUUUAUGGAAUUCAAUGUUGAUGGGUUAUGCUUCUAAUGGAUAUGCAAUUGAAGUGCUUGAGUUGUUUGAAUCCAUGGGCAGUGCUGGUGUGAGCCCAAACGAAGUAACUUUUAUUGCAGUCCUUUCAGCUUGUUGCCACUCUGGGCUGGUUGAGAAAGGAUUAAUGUGGUUUCGCAGGAUGAAAGUAGACUAUUGCAUUGAACCAAUAGCUGAGCACUACUCGUGUGUUGUUGAUUUGCUGGUGCGUGCAGGUCGGCUUGAGGAAUCGAUCAAUUUCAUUGAUACAAUGCCCUUCAAGCCUGAUGCUAGCAUGUGGACAUCAGUGCUUGGUGGGUGCAAGGCUCAUGGUGAUGAGGUUCUGGGAAGUAAGGUAGCAGAGAGGCUUAUUGAGCUUAAUCCUCAGCAUUCGGGCCCCUUUUUGCAGUUAUCUAGCAUAUAUGCUGCUCAUGGCGAGUGGGAGAACUCAGCCCAAGUUAGACAAAUGAUGAAUGACAGAAGGAUCAAUAAGAAUCCUGGUUACAGUUGGAUUGACAGUUCACAGUAAACUUUGCUUGUAUGACAGUAGCAGAUGGUAGGAAGCAAAUUCAUAUGGCUGUUGUGCAAGAAUCAUCUCUCACUAGCUUACAGAUUGACUGCUUAAUCUGUCAAAAAGUAUUCCAGAAAAUGUUGCAUGGUGCAGUUUUGGGA